GCUGGACACCGGGAGGGACAGGAGCCAGCAAGGCCAGAGUGGAAGCAAAAUGACAGCUACUCAGAAACACAGCCUCUUCACGCCAGAGCCACACUACAUCCCUGGCUAUGCCGGCUUCUACCCGCAGCUGCGCUUCCAGGUGGGGAACACCUACGGGCGCACCACGGGCCAGCUGCUCACAGACCCGAGCGUGCAUAAGAGCCCCUGUUCUGUGCUGUCCCCCAUGUCCAAGCCCAAGUUCAUUGAGGACUUCAGCCAGCCCAGGCCCCCCCGGGUUCCCUGCCGAGACCUGACUGAGCCAUACAUUCCCCACUACACCGGUCUGAAGCCCUACAAGAACUUCGAGAUCCGGGGCCAGCUGCCACCCCUGGAUGUGGACGCCCCGGAGCCGCCAGGGUUAGAGAACAUACCCAGACAUCUGCUGCUGCCUGCAGGUGUCAUGCCCUACCCCCCCCACCCACUGUGCCCUCCAGGCAGGAAGGGGGACUCCAGAGACUCGGGACACCCAGGCCUGCAACUGGCCUUGGGGGAGGAGGCCUGGAGGCACGCCGGCCCUGUCUGUGAGGCCCCCAGGCGGCAGCAGCUGUACCACUGCCGGAGGGACGAGUACCCACCCCACACUCACCAGCAGGAGACACUAGACAUGUGCAGGUUCCAGCGGCUGCCACAGCUGGACCACCCCAACCUAAUCCAACGCAAGGCCAUCUCAGGCUAUGCUGGCUUCAUUCCCCGGUUCUCCUGGGUAAUGGGGGUCAAUUACCGAGAUGGCGUCGCACAGGCCAUGGACGAGUUCGACAAGAGCCAGUUCCUGUUCAGAAACCCCCACUGUGACCUGGGCGAGAAGCUGCCGGGAACACACUGGCCCAGCAACCACAUCUACAGCAGCCAAGGCCUGAUCCCCUUCUACAUGGGGUUCAUCCCCUCCAUGCAGGACAGCUACGCGCUGACGUUUGGCAACAGCACCCGGAAGGCCUACUGGAAGGAACAGGCGCGACGAGACCACACACUAUGAAAAAGCUUUAAUGGUGGUGUCUGUACAGCGUGGGACACAGGAGGGAAAUCAGCAGGUGCACACACAGCGGGACGGGCCGGAGGACAGGCUGGGAGUGAAUAAAGAGUUCACACCGCU